AUGUCUUCGAUGCCGCGCCGCCUGCUGAGGAUUGCAUCCGCCCUCCACGCCUCCCCGCCUCGACGUUGGGCGUCGCAGUUCACAUGCGCGUCGGACCCGUUGGUUAGGGGACUGGUCGCAUCGCCGCCAAGAUGCGAGCAGGUCCACGUCCCGUGUCGCUCCAACGGCUCGAUCAAGAUUGACAUCUUUCAUGCGCCCAGCCGCUCGCCUCCUAUCCUCAUUUACUUACCGGCUGGGCCCGUGAUUCCCCAUCACGCUGAAGAGGAAGAGUGCAUCAUCUCAGCUCUCGCUUCUUCCAGCGGAGCUACCAUUGCACGAGUCAACUAUCGCGCCUCGCCCGACCAUCCAUUCCCAACGCCUAUCCACGAUGUCUUACUCGGGUACGACUGGAUCCUGGAGAAUCUACUUCGCGAUGACUUCUCCAGACCCGUCAUUGCGCGUCUGGGAGUCUGUGGAGAGCUCGUCGGCGGAUCUUUAGCCACGACGCUAGCUCUAACGGAAUGCCGUCUAGGCAAAAGCCGUAUUAGUGCUGCCUGUGUCAACAACCCCAUCGUAGACUGGGUAUUUCCAGACGACCUGCCUGUUGUUCCACAUUCAGAACUCCCAGAGCCCCCGGCACCCGAAGAGACUUCUCUCCCAGCCGAUGAAGACCCUAUGUCCUCGUUGAGCAUUGGGACAAAUCCAGCAGAAGAGUCAAUCCUCGCACAGAAACGUCCGAAAAGGCCUCCAAAGCCACCCCCACCUACCGCGUGGCAGCUUUACGGCGAUAAUUCCUCCAUUCCCACUGCCACGUUAUCCGGCGAACGGGAUGUCCUCUUUCGCAGACCGGAGGAUUAUUUUGAUCGGUUUGCUUCUCCUAUCCACUUCUUUCGCUCGCCCCUUGGGACCUUGCUAUAUCCAAAAGACGAUGACCACUUUGCAUCCGAACCGCCAGAUGGACACCUCGAUAUUGAAACCCGGAUGCAGCUCAACCACUAUCAGUCUUCCGAAGAACCGUCAACCCAUGCUGAUGUGCCGACCCUAGCAAGAUGUCGAGCGUACGCGCGAAUAUAUCCUCCCAGCGGCACCAGUCUGACCUUGCCUGCUUGGCACAUUACCACGGGAACCGAAAGUCCGCUUUUUGACCAAGCCAUUGAGCUCACGAAGAUGGUCAGGCGUAGUAUUGCUCGUCAGGCCUUGAAGAGUCGGAUGGGACGCGUUCGAUGGCACGACAUUAACGAGAAAGAGAAAUACGAAGCAUACGCUGAUGGCAGAGCUUAUCUGGACAAGGUUGCAGGAGUUGGUCUCUGGACUCAACAGGACAACAAUGGCGAUUGGGCUUUGCAGGUAGAAAGAGUCGGUGCUUGGAUGAAGGAGGACCUGAAACCCGAUUUCAUAUGA